AUGGCCACAGCAGCAGCGAGUCCAACGAUUGAUUUGGAGAACCCUCCACCGUUCGACGAAGUCUUAUAUAGCUCCCUGGAAGUGCUACCCUCAAAACAACCUGAAGGAAUCUCAAAGGGCGAAUGGAAGAAAUUUCAAAAGAAGCUUGAGAAAAAAAGGCUGACGGAAAAGAACAAGGCGGCUGGCCUUCCUACUCGAGCGAAAGAGCCAAAGCCUCAAGAGGCGCAAACAAAGACUGUGGAACCAGAGCAGGACCUCCAAAGCAGAAUAUUCAAUACCACAUGGCUCAAAACUGUUUAUGAUGAAAAGCCAAGGCCAGAUGUCAUCACUCGGUUCCCUCCUGAGCCAAAUGGCUACCUGCAUAUCGGGCACGCGAAAGCGAUCACCGUAAAUUUCGGCUUUGCGCAACACUACAAGGGGAAAUGCUAUCUUCGUUACGAUGAUACCAAUCCGGUGAAAGAAGAGGAGAAGUACUUUACUGCAAUCCAGGAUAUGGUCAAAUGGCUAGGCUUUGAACCAUGCGCAAUCACUUAUAGCAGCGACCACUUUGACGAGCUGUACAAUCUCGCCGAGAAGUUGAUCUCGAAAGAUUGCGCAUACGUAUGUCAUUGCAGCGCAAAGGAGAUAAAUCUUCAGCGUGGUGGACCUGACAAUAGGGGGAAGCGUUACGCAUGUGCUGACCGAUCUCGUCCGGUGGAGGAGUCGCUAGCUGAAUUCCGUGCGAUGAGAGAUGGAAAGUACAAGGAAGGGGAAGCCUUCCUUCGAAUGAAGCAAAAGCUAACCGACCCCGAGGAGGGAAAUCCUCAAAUGUGGGACUUGCCAGCGUAUCGUGUCAAGAACCAGAACUACCACCACCGUACCGGAGACAAAUGGCGGAUCUAUCCAACAUAUGACUUUACACACUGCAUAUGUGAUGCAUUUGAAAACAUAUCUCACUCGCUAUGCACGAGUGAAUUCAGACAGUCGCGUGUGUCGUACGAUUGGUUGCUCGAGCAAUUGGACAUGAAAAUUCCGAAUUCCGAGGAAAAGGGUCCUAUGCAACGAGAAUACGGCCGCCUAAAUGUCCAAGGUACCAUUCUUUCGAAACGCAACAUUCAAAAGCUCGUGGAGGGAACUGUGGCCGAGAAAAGGCUACCAGACGGUACUACCGAGAUGCGCAAAAUCGAGCCACAAGUCCGAGGAUGGGACGAUCCGAGACUAUUCACUCUUGUCGCUCUUCGCCGACGUGGAAUUCCUGCGAUGGCAAUGCGCACGUUCGUCCUGGAUCUUGGCGUUACAGAUAACAAGACUGAUACUGAAGUACACAAAUUCGAAUCUACUAUCCAGGAUUACCUUCAUCCUCGGGUUGCCCGGCUGAUGCUCGUUCUUGAGCCAGUGAAAGUGGUCAUAGAAGACCUCUCUCCGGACGACGAGUUCACAAAGGAGAUAGCCUUCGGGACUGGGUCGUUAAGCACCCACAAACGGCCUGUAACGUUUUCACGAGAGAUAUAUAUCGAUUCUUCGGAUUUCAAAGAAGAGGAUGAUGCUGAUUUCAAGCGGCUUGCUCCUGGUAAGACUGUCCGGCUGAUCAACGCCAUGCUUAUUCGAGCGACCACAUUUACGAAAGACUUGAAUGGCAAUAUUACAGAAAUUCGCGCUGUCAAAGGCCAGGAGGCAGACAUGAAGUCAAACUCCGGAACGAUCCAUUGGGUCGAUGUAGCAACGGCCGUCCCUGUCACAGCUCGUAAAUACAGUUCACUCUUCAACUCUGGCGACCUUGAUUGGAGCGAAGGCGGCUAUGUUGACAAGAUCAACCCUAACAGCGAGUUGAUCUUCAGCAAUGCAUUUAUCGAGCAAGGAUUCAGCUCUCUUGGCAAGCAAGACAGGCCUGUCUCAGAAAAUCCUGAUGCAGGAUCCGAUGAUAUCAUCAGGUUCCAGGGAAUGCGCGUGGGGUACUUCUGCAUUGAUCCAGAGAAAGAAGGCGAUAAGAUCGUGCUCAAUCAGAUCGUUCCUUUGAAAGAGAGCAAACCGAAAGACGAGAAGGCGAAACCGAAGGCGGCCUGA